AUGACCGACCAAAAACGCUACACCAACAAACUGACCAACUCGCGCAUCCUCGUGAUCGGCGGUACAUCCGGCCUCGGCUACAGCGUCGCAGAAGCCUGUCUCGAAAACGGCGCUCUAGUAACCAUCAGCUCCUCCAACCCAUCUCGCAUCGAUGCCGCCGUAUCCAAACUCAAAACCGCGUAUCCCUCUGCCGCCGAUACCAAAAACCCGCGCAUCAGGGGUCUUGCCGUCGACCUAGGCAAGCCAGAGACGCUGGAACAAGAGCUGAAGACGCUGUUGGAGAAGACGGUGGAGAGCAUGCCGGAGAGCAAGUUGGAUCAUGUUGUUUUUACUGCGGGGGAUAAGUUGGCGGAUAUUAAGUUGGGGGAUAUGACGAUGCAAAACAUCCUUGCAGCUGGCCAAAUCCGUUUCUUCGCGCCCCUCCUCCUCGCAAAACACCUCCCGCGCUACCUCGUCCAAAGCUACAAAUCCUCCUACACCAUCACCACAGGCGCUGUGUCCGAAAAGCCAAUUCCCAACUGGAGCGUUAUUGGCGCGUAUGCUGGUGGACUGCACUCCAUGGUGCGCAAUCUGGCUCUCGAUAUGAAGCCUAUUCGCGUUAAUGGCGUGAGCCCCGGCGCGGUGGACACGGAGAUGUGGGAUCAUCAUGGCGAGGAGAAGAAGCAGGAGAUUAUGCGGGGCAUGGAGGGUAGGAUGGCGACGGGGAGGGUGGGCAGGCCGGAGGAUGUGGCGGAGACGUUUUUGGGGUUGUUGAGGGAUUAUAAUGUUGAUGGGACGAUGGUUAGGACGGAUGGUGGGGGCAUGCUGACGUGA